AUGGACGAUGAUCACUUGCCUUCUAGUUUUCAUAUGGACCUUAUUCAUACCCCCCAUAGCCUUGAAAUCGACACAUCUUCCGAGUUUAAGCCAUUCCUAGAUGCAAAUCAGCAGUAUCACGCACUCGACCCAGCAGCAGCGGCGGCAGCGGCGGCAGCGGCAGCUUCAUUUGGCCACUUUCUUCGCGACGACGCCUGCCUCGGUCCCCAAGGAUCGAUGAUGUCUGCCGACCCUUUCAAGGAACUCAAGUCUCCUAAAGAUCUCACAAAAUUAUCCAUGCCAACGCAUUCCACCAUGGCAUCUUUUUCGAGCCACGCCGCUCAAGCACAUUCGCAAGGCCGGCAUGGCAAUUCUAACCAGGACCUUUCUUUUUCAACUGCCGAGGUCACCUAUCCCUGGGAUAACAGUAUGAGCUAUUUCAAUAAUGCGUUUUCCGAUACGUCUCAUCUGUAUUCCGACAAAAAGUCGCAGAAUGAAUCGACUAAAUCUACAGUGGACUGCGACGACGACUGCAUAUCAGUGGUGUCAUGCACAUCCGGCUGCGGCAUAAGUUGCCCAAGCCAAUGCGGAGACACAGGCCAUGGAGUGUGCUGUGAUGAUGACGCAUGUGGUGAAGCAUGCGAAGACAGUCAAGAUCUCUGCCUUGAUGAGACGUGCGAAAACGCUGCUACGCCCUGCACAGAUGCUAAUUGCUCGGGGCUUGCUAAGCUCGACCAUUUCCCUGAUGAAGCCAUGUCAGAUGGUGACAAGGAAGCGGCAGCAGCGCUCGCUUCUAUAGGGGACACUCACCCGACAUUGGUACAAGAUGGAUUCCAGCACUUUCACUCAGAUUCAAAUUUUGGAUCCCAUUCUUGCUUUCCGGGGUCGACGUGCAGCCACGCGCUGCCGCAGGGAUUUUUGGGAACGGCUACUGCUGAUGAAAUGGUCGGACAGUUUUGGGAAACCCUGAUUCCAGAGAACCCUCUCGCAACACAUAUUCUUCAAUACCACGAUCCUCGGCAUACUGUGCAUCAUGUUCGCCCAUGCAUGGCUGAUCAUCCCAACCUAACUAUCCCGAAAUGUACUCUUCCUAGAGCUGUCGAUGGCGAUGUCCUGAGCCAUGGCUUGACGCAUCAUUCAGAAGACUUUGCGUGCGGCUUCGAGGUCAACACGAUCGACCAGUUUGCCAACCACAUAUUUGAAGACCAUGGGCAAAUGUACAUGCUAAACUCAGAUCUUUUUGGUCUGUCUCAGACAACACAGGCGGAAGACAGGUUUUCUCUAGUCCCCAGCCGCUCGAGCAUCUCGUCCUUCCCCUUUAACACCGCUUCAACGAGUGGACCUCAUUUUUCUCCAUCAGAUUCUUCCAUGCAAAACCUGUCUGCGGUCUCAUCGCUUCCUCCUUCCCCGACAUCACGGGCGACCACUCCUCUCGCACAGCCGGAGGAGCUAGCUAUUGAGGCAAAGUCAACCGAAACAGCGUCGAUUUCGACAAUAGCUGCAGACGUAGAGACUGCUGUCGAUUGUAUUUGCCAUUGGAAGAUAGCUGAUGGCAAAAUCUGUGGUAUGCAGUUUAAGGAUGCAAACGAUUUGCAUACACACACAAAGAAUGAUCAUUUGAAAGUUAUGACGCGGCAACAUCCUGGAUUUCGCUGUCAAUGGGAUAACUGCACCAGGACAAAUGUCUUUGGUCAAAAGAGCAAGCUGGAACGUCAUAUCCAAACCCACACAGGAUAUAAACCUGUAAAAUGCUCUGUCUGCGGCCUGCAGCUCUCAGCAAAACAGUCGCUUGAUCAACACAUGAGAGUACACACCGGCGAAAAGCCUUGGAAGUGCAAGUUUCCAGGAUGUACGCAUGCUUUUAAACAACAAAGCGCACUUAGUAAGUGA